UUUUUUUUCUCCCUGCUUUAAAGGCAGACUGAUUCAUAGUAACUCCUUUAAAACAGAGCAGAGAGACACCACCCUCGCGCACCACCGAGGAAACUUAAACCACCAGCAGGUCACUCCCCUUCACUACGGCUCUGCGCUCCGGCACAGCAGCACCGCAGCCCCACACGCUCCUGCUUCCACAGGUGCCAGCACCAGCCCCAGCCCACCCGAGCUCUCUGCAUUAGCGACACCACCUAGGAAGGACGCCAAGAUGUUGGUGCUACUGGCUGGUAUCUUUGUGGUUCACAUCGCCACCGUCAUCAUGCUCUUCGUCUCCACCAUUGCCAACGUUUGGAUGGUGGGUUCCAGCACCAUGGGAAAAGCCUCGUGGGGACUCUGGCUAAUGUGCAAUGGCACCUGCAGGCAGCUGACAGUCAGCAGCAACGACAUGGCUUCCCUCAAAGCAGCACAAGCCUUUAUGAUCCUCUCAAUCAUUUUCUCCGUCAUCGCGCUUGUCAUGUUCAUUGUCCAGCUCUUCACCCUAGAGAAAGGCAAACGUUUCUACAUCACUGGAGCCAUCAUGCUGGUUUGCUGGUUGUGCAUUUUGAUUGGAGCCUCCAUUUACACAGCUCGGUUCACAGGCUUGCGGUCAGGAUUCACAAAUGUUCACCACGGCUACAGCUUCAUAUUGGCCUGGAUCUGCUUUUGCUUCAGUUUCAUCAUUGGCAUCCUCUACCUUGUUCUUAGGAAAAAAUAAGGCUGAUGGGAGUACUGGGGAGAGGGUUGGCUGCUGGAGACAGGGAAGAAUUGCUCUGCUGAGAGAACUGUUGGGCCAAUAGAAAAAAAAAAAAAAAAAAAAAAAAGAAA